GUGCUUCUGGAAAGUACUGGAUCCUCCCGUGGUUGGCCUUCUAAAUCUGGACUGAAACAGAGCAGGAGAAAAAGGAGAACCACACUGAGCAUCAUCAGCCACAGGGACUCUCUAGACUUUUGGAAAAUUGUCAUUCACUGACCUCUUCAGGAGCUUCUGUCCAGCCAUGAGGGUCUUCAACCUGCUCUACCUGCUGCUGCUGCUCGUUGCCCUUCUAACAUCAGUCUCCUCCGCCAGACCAGAUUUCCUAAAACUUAGGAGGAGAUACCACAGACACCACUACUGCCCACACAGACGCUGCAUGCCUCUCCACUCCAGAGUACCCUUUCCCUAAGGUUAAAGCUAAAAAAUGAGGGGGACCUAAGGACAG